UUUACUGUACUAAUAUUCUUAAACUCGUAAUUGUAAUAUUCAUACAAAUAUGAAUCCCAAAAACUAUAAUGAAAAUUCUCUUCUCAAAUAACCAUGACUACAAGAUCACUUGGAUGUAAUCACUCUUUCUUUACUAAGUUUCUCUAUCCUUUACUUUGCUUUUGCUUUUGCUCUUGCUCCAGGCUAUCCUCGCGAGUAAAGAAAAAAAUCACAACCCAUAAUCUCUAACCGUAUAACAAAGCCUUUAGCAGAUAGCUAAAUACCACAAAUUCCUGCAAAUGGGAUGAACUCCCGCGGUUAUGACGCUCGCGAUAACCACCUUUAUACCAAUAAUAAUUAUAUAGAUGAUGAUGAAGUAUUAUCAGUACAAUUGAUAGAGCAACUUAAUAUUGAGUUAACAUAUAGAGCAGAUCAUGAUAACACAUACUUUUCAAGUACUUUAAAAAUUCUAAAUGCUUUCAAUUCUCAAAUAUCCCAUACUAAUCGUCAAUUUGACUUCAUAAUUGAAAAUCAAAGAGGUAUGAAAUUAUUUGGAAUACCAUUAUUUUCUAAGGAUUCCCUUAUUCCAAUCAUUGACCCAUCUAAUUAUCAACGUCUUGAUGGUAAAGAUUUGAUUCUAACUAAUAAUCGAUUGGAUAACUAUUGUUUACCUGAUUUAGAUUGGGUUUGGUGUUGGGAGAAUUGGUAUGUUCUUAUGUAUAAUGAUGUUGAUGAUCAAGGUUGGUUAUAUUCUAAUAUCUUCUUCUCUAAUUCUUUAUCUGAUAAGAGAUGGAAGGGUAAAUAUUAUUUUGGAAAUUUUAUAAGGAGAAGGAUAUGGGUCAAACUACGGAAGAAGGUCAAUUCUGAUUAAUGAUUAAUGAAUAUAAUAUACUAAAAUUUAUAGAUCUAUAUAUGUAUAUAAAUAUAUGCUCUCGCCUAAAUUGUUGAUUUGAUUUUUUACAGCCAAUGUUUACAUAUCAUUAACAUGAAAUCCUACACUCCACCAUGUUAAAUUAUAGUAUAGCCUUACCAUUAGCGGUUGCUUUGAUUCGUCAUAAGAAUAAGCAUCCAAAUUCUUCUUCUUUGAACUAUGAAGAUUUAAUAAGUAACAUCAUAUAUCCUCCACUGAUUAAACCAACACCCAGAGGGAAAAGUAUAAGUGCAUCAAUAAAAGAAAGUUAUGAAAUUGAUUAUAAUGAAAUACAAGUUGGUAAACCAAUUAGCC